AUGGCGGGAGAAGGAGGGUUCGAGGUAAAGGUGACGAAGGAGGAGAUAGUAAAGGCGGCUGUGAGGACGGGAGAGUGCAUGCUGCCACUGUCCAACCUCGAUCUGCUGCUUCCACCGUUGGAUUUCUGCGUAUUCUUCUGCUACGACCUUGGCAGCAACAAUGGAGAAAGAAGGAGCUUCGGCUCUAUGGUUGCAACGCUCAAGGAAGCAUUGGAGGAGACACUCGUCCAUUACCACGCCUUCUCCGGCGAGCUCACCUCCGACUCUCUCGGACAGCUUCAGCUCCUUUGCAACGACCAUGGCGUCCACUUCUCCCAGGCUUACGCCUCCGUUGACCUUCGCCACCUCAACCUCCACAUGCUCGUCCCAGACAAGCAAGGAGGGGUGUUGUCCGUACAAGCGACCGAGCUCAGCUGCGGAAGCGUUAUCGUGUCGUGUCGUGUGGACCACCGCGUGGCCGAUGCUUACUCCACCAACAUGUUCCUCGUGUCCUGGGCCGAGUCCGCUCGUUCCGCCCCUCCCUCUGUCUUCCCUUCCUUCAGACGAUCUCUUCUCAGCCCUAGAUUUCCUCUGAAACUCGACCCCUCCCUGGAGGAGCUCUACUUUCCCCUGUCUUCUGUUUCGCCCCUAAACCAACCUCCUAAAUCCGACAGCGACGACAAGAUCGUCAGCCGUUUGUUCUACGUCAAAGCCCAGAAGGUCGAAGAGAUUCAGAGACUCGCCAGCUCGGAGAAAUCGGGCAGAGUCACGAAGCUCGAAGCCAUGAGCGCUGUCUUGUGGAAACUAGCGGCGAAGACAGAGCAAAUGUCGGGAAGGAGGAAAAGGACGAUGCUUGGGGUCGUCGUCGACGGGAGGACAAGACUCGCCGGAGAUGACGAAUUGGGCUCUUACGUGGGAAACGUUUUGGCGUUUCCGUUUAGGGGACGAGACACGGACGAGCUCGUGAAGAGGCCGUUGGAGUGGGUGGCGCGUGAGGUUCACGCGGUGGUGAAAGCAGGAGCGGAAGAGGAGCAUUUCAUGGGCCUGAUAGAUUGGAUUGAGGCCCAUAAGCCCAAGCCCAUGACGCCUGGGUUGUAUUGGGUCGACGAUGGGCCCAUCGUGGUGGUGUCGUCGGGGAGGCGUUUUCCGGUGGAGGAGGUGGAUUUCGGGUGGGGACCACCGGUCCUGGGUUCGUACUACUAUCGCGAUUGGGGAAGCGAGAUGGAAUACGUGAUGCCGAUGCCCAGCGCCACCGUGGAGGGCGACUGGGUGAUUUACACGCUCCUCCGGAAGCGCGUGGUGGAUCUCAUCGUUGAAGCGGCCGGCGACGUGUUCCAGCCUAUGUCCUCCAAAUAUCUGGCACGUUGUGGAUCUGUCUGUUAA